AAUACUAUAUAGUAGCAUUAUUUUUUUCCAAUCUACCAAAGAAAUUAUCAACAACUUUACUUUCGUGCACUCAUUUCUAUUUGUGUCAUCUAUGAGUGUCCCCUUUUUAUUAUAAAAAUAAAUGCACCCUAUUUCUAAAUUUGCUCAAUUGUGCAUUCUCCUGGCAACUUCUGUUUCCUUACUAAUUGAAAAGUUAUUUCUUGUCUUUUUAUCUUAUAUUUCUUGAUUUUUAUUUCAUCAUACUAAUACUAAUGGAGUUAACAAGUGUUCUUAAGUUUCUUGAAAAUCGAUCCAUUCUUGUUACUGGUGCUACUGGAUUUCUUGCAAAAAUUUUUGUGGAGAAGAUACUUCGAGUACAACCAAAUGUGAAGAAGCUGUAUUUGCUUUUAAGAGCUCAAGAUAACAACGCAGCCUUGCAGCGUUUCAACAAUGAGGCAGUGGCAAAGGACUUGUUCAAGCUUCUAAGGGAAAAACAUGGGGCAAAUUUGAACACUUUAAUUUCAGAAAGGACCAGGAUUAUACCUGGUGAUAUCACAUUUGAAAACUUGGGGGUCAAAGACAGUAAUUUGCUGGAAGAAAUGUGGAGGGAAGUAGAUGUUGUUGUUAACCUAGCUGCAACUACAAAUUUCGAUGAAAGAUAUGAUGUAUCCUUGGGACUCAAUACAUUUGGAGCUAUAAACGUUCUCAACUUUGCCAAAAAGUGUAGUAAAUUAAAGGUUCUUCUUCACGUAUCAACUGCAUAUGUAUCAGGGGAAAAAAGAGGGUUAAUAUUGGAAACACCCUAUAAUUUGGGUGAGACUUUGAAUGGUACAUCAGGACUAGAUAUUUAUACAGAGAAGAAAGUUAUGGAGGAAACAUUGAAACAGCUCAGACUUGAGGGUUCUUCUCAAGAAUCUAUAACAUCAGCCAUGAAGGAGCUUGGCCUUCAAAGAGCAAGGAAGUAUGGAUGGCCAAACCCCUAUGUAUUCACAAAGGCAUUGGCUGAGAUGAUAUUGGGAGACUUGAAAGAAGAUGUACCUCUUGUCAUUUUUCGUCCUACUAUUGUUACUAGUACUCUCCAAGACCCUUUCCCAGGUUGGGUUGAAGGCAUAAGAACCAUUGACAGUUUAGCCGUUGGCUAUGGUAAAGGAAAACUCACAUGCUUCCUCGGAGAUCCUGAAGCCAUCAUUGAUCUAAUUCCAGCAGAUAUGGUGGUGAAUGCAAUGAUAGUAACAAUGAUGGCUCAUGCAGAUCAAAGAGGGAGUCAAAUAAUAUACCAUGUUGGAACAUCAGUUUCAAAUCCAGUAACGUUCGCAUGUCCUCAGGAGAAUGCCUUCCGUUACUUCAAAGAGCAUCCAUGGAUUGACAAGCAAGGAAAACCAGUCAUUGUUGGCAAAGUUAAUGUUUUGAGUAGCAUGGAUAGCUUUCGCAGAUACAUGGCCCUUCGUUACAUGCUUCCUUUAAAGGGAUUAGAAAUACUUAACACAAUACUCUGCCAACUCUUUCAAGACAAAUAUUCAGAGCUUGACAGGAAAAUCAAGUUUGUGAUGCGGUUGAUAGAUCUUUAUGAGCCUUAUUUAUUCUUCAAGGGAGUAUAUGAUGACAUGAACACAGAAAAGUUACGCAGAGCAGCGAAGGAGUCAGGAAUUGAAACAGAUGUGUUCAAUUUUAAUCCCAAGAGCAUCAACUGGGAAGACUAUUUUAGGAACACUCACAUUCCUGGAGUGGUAAAAUAUGUAUUGAAGUGAAUGAAGUAGAAAAGAAAUUUGUUAUUUCCUAAUAAAUAAUUGACAUUUCUAUGUGGGUGGUUAUUAAGUACCAUAUAUCCUUUGUUGCUUAUUAUUUUCAGUGUAUCCAUUUUAAUUUGUUGUUCCUAUACAAGACUCUGUAUUUCCCAA